CACGGGGCUGUUCGCAUGCGCCCCAUGGCCAGCCACCCCACCAUGGCAGCUCUUGCCACCUUCCUGGUGCCUGUCCUCCUCCUCCUCCUCUGUGGGCCGGACCCCUGCCCUGCUGCUGCCCACAGCCAGCCAGAGGUGAAGUGUGUCCUCUUCAACGAGGAGUACAUGAACUGCACGUGGGGGAGCAGAGAGACACUCAAGGCCAACUACUCCCUCUACUACUGGUACAGGAACACAUCCAACAAGGUGGAGUGCAAGCAUUACCGGCAGGACCAGGACAUCAGAGUCGGCUGCCACUUCAACCAGAACGAGAUCAUCCAGUUCCAGCCUUUCCACGUCCUUCUCAAAGCCAGCAUGGGCGGCAGCACCCUGGAGAUCAGCAAGCGCAUGGAGCUGCAGGACCUGGUGAAACCAGAUGCGCCCGUCAACCUGACCAUCCACAACAUGAGCAACAACCAGCUGCAGCUGACCUGGGCCACCACAUACCCCAAAGCCAAGUGCCUGGAGCACGCUGUGAAGUACAAGAGCAACAAGGACACCGACUGGAUGGAGAUCUCGGUGAAUGGAGAUGUCUUCUCCUUACCCAGCGUGGACUACAAGAAGUUCUACACCUUCUAUGUGCGCAGCAAGGUCAACAAAUACUGCGGCAGGACCCAGCUCUGGAGCGAGUGGAGCGUUCCCGUGGUCUGGGGCAGCAACUCCACCAGCAAGGACACAGUCCACUGGUUCUGGAUCCAAACGGUCUUGAUCCCCAUUGCCUCCUGCCUGGUCUUGCUGGUCCUUGUCAUCCUGCUGGUGCGCAUGGAAAGGGUAUGGGUCAUCCUAAUGCCCCGAAUUCCCAACCCCAGCAAGAAUUUCGAUGAGCUCUUCAUCACCCACAAUGGCAACUUCCAGGAAUGGGCUGGAGUCCCCAAGGACAUUGUGGAGAGCUUCAAGCCCAACUACAGCGAGAACAUCUGUUAUGUGAGUGAGCUGCCACCCAAGGACAGCUACGAGCCCCUCUGGGAGAGCAGCAACCCCCCACCAUCUGUGAUGCCUUCGGCCUCACCUGCCCCCGGCGAGCACAGCCCCUACAAGAACAGCUAUGGGAGACUGUGACACACUCCUGCACCCCCCAUGCUGCACAGCUUUGCUGCCAAAACCUCACUGCUCUGCAGGCCCUGCUCCCUGCUCCUGCCAUGCCUCCCCCAGCUGCCCCUGGUUUUGCUUCCUGCCAUGGCCACACUCAGCCCCCCAUGACACAGGGGCUGCACUGCACUGCAGGUGCUGGGGGAGCACGGUGUGCUGGGUGCCCUGGGGGCUGCACUGGGGGCACUGGUGGUGCACUGGUGCCCACAAGCACACCCAGGGACGUGUCCUGGCAAGCAGGCAGGGGCCACUGGCAAACUGAUGGGGACAUGGGGGAUGAGGAGUGCCAGGGAGACCAAGAGUGGAAAAAUAAUGGAAGACACCUGAAGAGUAUUGUAAACAUGUUCAAGUGACUUGCAGCUGGGUGUAGAAAAACAUAUAUACCAUACUCUUAGAUGUUUAGCCUUGUGUGUUUGGCAAGUAGAACUUCUGUGUUUAGAUAACACAGGCUUGUGAUAGACUUAGUGGCACCUUAUUUAACAUGCUUGAGAUUCCUGCCCUGCUAUGGGAAAGAUCAAAUCACAGUGGUAAACCAGGACUGCACAAAUCCUUGCUAAACAGGCAAAAACAGCAGGUUCAGUGAUUCUCCAGCACAGGCCAAGCUCCACAGUACCUGCAUCCCUGCUUGUCUGCCUCUGCCCAGGUGCUGCUUGGGGGAUCCUCCAGUCCUCGAGAUAAUGAAAAUAAAUUUCCUCUUUGCCUUUCA